GCGCUGCUGCUGUCCGGCGAGUCGCAGCAGUCCGGCCACCGGCUGUGGACGAUGCGAUCCCGGGCGAGGGAUGGAGCGGCAGAGCGGGGCUGGAGGUCGCCUCACUCUCAGCCCGCACUCCCGUAGCCUGUGGCACGGCUUGCUCGCUGCCCUCUGCGCUGCCGCCGCCUACUGCAACGGGCUGCCCGGCGAGCUGGUCCACGACGAUGUGUGGGCGAUCGUCAACAACCCCGACCUGCGAGCCUCCGCCCCGCUCCGGGGCAUCUUCUCCAACGACUUCUGGGGAAGAAGCAUGGGUGACAACAGCAGCCACAAGUCCUACCGACCACUCUGCAUUCUCACCUUCAAGUUAAACAUUCUGCUGGGCGGCAUGACCCCUCUGUAUUUCCACAUGGUCAACGUGGGCCUGCACUGCGCCGUGACAUCACUGCUGCUCCACACGUGUGACAAAGCCGUGUUCCAGGACACGCGGCCAGCGCUCCUCGCCGCGCUUCUCUUUGCUGUACAUCCUGUCCACACUGAAGCUGUAACGGGAAUCGUGGGCCGAGCUGAUGUCUUGGCUUGUGUCCUCUACCUUCUGACUUUCCUCUCCUACCUUAGGAGUGUGAAUUGCAAUGACGUUGGAGAAAGCUUUCCGCCCACCAGCUCGCCAGUCUACCUGUUGCUGAGCUUGUUCUUUGGCACCUGUGCCAUGUUGGUCAAAGAGACGGGGAUCACAGUCUUUGGAGUGUGUCUUAUCUACGACCUUCUUAUUCUGUGUUCCAAAAGACUUCUGACAAGCCUGCCAGCUGAAAGGACCAGAGGACUCCUCAAAAUCUCUGCGCCGUACCUAAAGAGAGCUGUGCUGGUAACUCUGUAUGUGCUUCUCAUCCUGUUUUUCCGAGUGUGGAUCAUGGCCGGCUCCAUGCCCAACUUCUCCGAGCAGGACAACCCAGCAUCAUUCUCCCCUCACCUCCUCACCAGGUUUCUUACCUACUCUUACCUGCUGACCUUCAAUGCCUGGCUGCUGUUGGCCCCCAUCACCCUCUGCUACGAUUGGCAAGUGGGGAGCAUCCCUCUGGUGGAGUCUCUCUGGGAUGGGCGGAAUGUGGCGACUGUGGUGUUUGGUCUGGCCAUGGUCCUUCUGACUCGCAACUGCCUCCUCUCUCUAAUGAAACAGGAGCACAGAGAGGUUUUAGUGGGUCUGCUUUUCCUGGUCUUCCCAUUCAUCCCGGCCAGCAACCUAUUUUUCCGCGUGGGGUUUGUGGUGGCGGAGCGGGUACUCUACAUGCCCAGCAUGGGCUACUGCAUCCUUGUGGCCCACGGGUUGAACCGACUGUGUGGAGUCCUCAGUAGAUGGGGAGCCAGUGUGGUCACAGUGUCCACCUUGCUCGUGCUUGGACUGUUCUUCUGGAAGACUCUGCGGCAGAAUGAAGUGUGGCUCUCCAGAGAAGCCCUGUUCAGAUCUGGAGUUCAGACUUUGCCCCUGAAUGCCAAGGUGCACUACAACUAUGCCAAUUUCCUGAAAGACCAUGGUCGCUAUGACGAAGCAGUAUAUCACUACAAAACCGCUCUGAGGCUCUACCCUCGACACGCCAGUGCGCUGAAUAAUCUUGGCACCUUGACCAAGGACGUGCCAGAGGCAGAAGACCAUUACAGACAGGCCUUGAAGCUGAAUCCUCAACAUAACCGAGCUCUCUUCAAUCUGGGCAACCUGCUAAAAUCUCAGAAGAAGCUGCGUGAGGCUGAACAGCUACUCCGUGACUCUGUCAGGUCUGGUGCUCAGUUUGCAGAUGCCUACUCCAGCCUUGCAGCUCUGCUGGCUGAACAGGAGCGAUUUGAAGAGGCUGAUGACAUCUAUACAAGAGGCGUUGAAAAUUGCCCUGAGAAUUCAGAUCUACACAACAACUAUGGUGUCUUCUUAGUCGAUAGAGGAGAUGGGAAGACGGCCUCUGGUCACUACCUUCAUGCCAUCCGGUUAAACCCCAAACACUAUGUUGCCAUGUUGAAUCUCGGCCGGCUGCUGCGGUCCGCCAACAAGAACAAAGAGGCGGAAACAUGGUACAAACGGGCACUCAACGUUACAAGGACUGUGGAUGUCCUGUCUCCACUGGGAGCUCUGUACUACAACACAGGGAGAUAUGAGGAAGCCCUUCAGAUCUACAAAGAGGCGAUCUCAAUGCAGCCCAAAAACAGCGAGUUGCAACUGGCAGUGGCUCAGGUCCUGUCCGUGGCCGGCAGACCCAGGGAUGCCGAGAGGCUCAUCAACCAGGUGGCAAGUGAAAGGAGCAACUGCCUGGAGUGCCAGCGUCUCUUGUCGGUCAUCCACAGUAAAAGUGGGAACUUGAAAGAGGCACUUGAAGCUGUGAAAAAAGCCGUCCAAAUGAAGACCAAAGACCCAAAAGUGCUUGCAGAGCUAUAUUUUUCUGAAGGAAAUCUUCUGAGGGAGCUGAACAGGCUUGAUGUGGCCUUUGAGAGCUACAAGCAGGCAGUAGAGCUGAGCCCAGAUCUGUCUCAGGCUUGGAUGAACAUGGGCGGCAUCCGGCACAUAAAGGGGGACUACGUUGCAGCACGGGGCUACUACGAGAAAGCCCUGGAGCUUGUACCAAACAGCAAGAUCCUGCGAGAAAACCUCAGCAAACUGGACCGCCUGGAGAAGAAGUUGCAAGAGGACAGGAGGGUGGAGCAGAGCCCUGGAGACCAAGGCACAAGUUGACAGAGGACGCUGGCUCUCCACUUUUACAUGGCACGACAAGAGACGACGGUACUAUGGUGCUCCUUGGGAUGCCCAAGAUGACUGAAACGAGCAAGGAAUCGGUCUAGAUGAAGAAAACAGGAAGGUAUCGAUUGUGUUACAGCUGGCAUCUGCCGAGACUGAUACACAACCAAAAGCCUACACUGCAUUUGGGAAUGACAAGCAUCUGCACUUUGGGAUUCAACUUCACAACCUCUUUUGUUUGGUGAAGCUCAACAUGACAAAGCAACUCUGAAAUUUAAUGCAGAACCAUUCAAAUUCGCCUUCCUUUCAAUGGCUCUUGUGCGUAUUGAGUGGCAGAUUCUGACAGUCUAAUACAAUACCUAGAAGGAAAAUUUAUCAAAUGAAAUCAGAAGUCGGAAUCUAGCUAAAAGUGAAGAAAUCCACUCUAGAUUUUAUUUUUCCUCCUUAUAUCAAACCGAGCUAGCAAAAUGUCUGAGGCUUUGCUGGGG